GGUACAUGCGGCCGGCAGUCUCUUAGCAGACUUCGGGCCAAACGCACCGGGCGCGUUCUUCUGCCGCCGCCGUAUCCGUCGUCUGAACUGCACGACGUUCGAUCAAAAAACUACGUAUUAAAUUGUAAACCAAUCUUGCUGGAAGAUGGCUUACUGGUGGUUACUGCAGUCGGCAAUGUGGUAUACCACUAUUAUGGUUCUGGCUAAUCCUCUGAUGCCCACCUUAAUCUUUGAGGUUUUGUCCAAGUUGCCGUUGCUCAUCAUUCGCCAUUUAGGUACCAUUCCUAUUGAAUCUAUUUAAUGGAAAACAAAUCACUUAUUUAGAGUCUCGUCGAAAUCAUGAGUUCAACACAAACAAACAGUGGCAGGAAAUUGACCCGACGGCCUUCUGACUAGUUUGUAUUUGUACGGACUAAACUGCAGUUUAACCGAACAGUGUCCGAUCGACGUCCACACAGCCCGAAUACAAUUAUGAAUAUUAAGGUGGUCGCCGUGUUCGAGUCGGCCGGAUCUCGCCACACCGCCACCGCCGCUGUGGUCGUCGUCGCAACAGUCAUGUUUGCGGUCCAGUUCGUGGCCACGCAACAAGUGGUGCUGAAAGCAGGCCGUUUGCCGCGCGUCUACAACGCCCUUAUUACCACUAACCAGCGUCUGUUGCCUAGCCAAGCGGAACCGAUCGUCACGCCCGUAUUUCGUCCGUUUCAGUUACUUUACGAAUGGCCCAAAAUGAGGUACGCGGCCGUAGAGCCGUAUCUGUCGUCGGGGUCAGCCACGGAGGCGUCUAGUGCCGAAGACGAGUCUCGAUCCGUCGCUCCGGUUAUGGAGAACAACAGGCCCGUGGACUCUACGGUUGUGAAGAACAACAGACCGGCAGACUCUUCGGUACCGGACGUACCGCCACCGCCGCUUCCGGUCGCCCGCGCCCCAGACGCCGCCGUCAAAAAGUUACCGGAAGAGUAUCCGCCCGCGCCAGGCGGUUUCGCUAUUUGAACACCCAUGUCCCUUCACUUCUACUAGCCUCAAUCAUCCACCGCCGCAAAGGGUUUUUAGUCGACGAGACACAGUCCCUAGCGCCCGUCACGCGGUGUUCUACCGCUGCCGUACAGUCGUGUGAUAAAAUAAUAUAAUAUAUAAUAUUAUUGCGUUAGGUUUUCUGUUCGGUUCAGUAGUAUAUUGUUAUUAUUGUAUCCUGUAUAUGUUUGGAUAUUUUAUAGCCCGCGCUUUUCCGUAUCUCAACUCCGAAUUUUGGUCAAUUUUAAUCGUUUUCCGUCGUCGACAAUUUUUAUACAAACUCGCGUUCAUUAUUUUAUUUAUAUAUUAAUAAUAUGUACAUAUAUAUAUAUAACUCAUACCUAUGAUGCUAUUCAAAAGUUUUUAACACGUCAUAUUAUUCUUAUGUUUAACUUACGAAUUAUGUAGCAUACGUAAUCGGGGAAUGUAUAAUCAAAAUUAUUUUAGUCAUUUUUACCUGAAUUUAAUGUUAUUUUUGUUGAUAGAUUUCGUACAGUAUGAAAUCGUCUUAUUUAAAUUUAAGUAGCUACUAUAAUUGUACAAAAAUCUAUAAUAUUGUGUGCAAAUAUACAUUAAUAAUA